CAAAGUGCAGUAAAAUCACUAAGAUGCCGUUUUUCUCUCUAAAGAGACAAUCCCCGAGAAUUUAGCAAUAUUUCAUACAAUACUCCUCAAUGGCUUUCCUGUGUCCAACGGGCUUUCUCAGCCACAGGCGACGUAAACGUGGCACACAAGACAACAGUGAAACCAGCCAGGAACUGAUUAAAGAAGUGGAAUUUGAACCAACCAAAAUGAUUGUAGUUCAAGACUUUACUCCAUGUGUGGAAGAUGAACUCGAAGUGAAACGAGGACAAGUGGUGAAAGCUCUGUAUCAAGAGAAUGAGUGGCGGUUUGUAGUAGCAGAAAAUGGUUAUGAAGGAUUUAUACCAUACACCUACUGUUUGCCUGUUGACAAGUCAACCAUAAAACCAGAGUAUGGGAAACAUUUUAUGCCAGAGUCACACCAAGUCAAUGCUAUAGAGAACAACAGUGACAGUGCAAGUGUUCAGACUCUCAACAGCGAAUCAUACCAGGAGUUUGUUAAAAGAAAUCAUGGCCAAUAUUCAGUAUUGUUUGAUUUUGAGGCUGUCCAAGAAGAUGAUGUAAGUGUAAAGCAAGGAGAGAGGGUUGUGGUACUGAAUAAAGAUGAUGCUGAUUGGUACUGGGUCAAGACUAAAGAUGGACGAGAAGGGUUUACCCCUAAGGAAUAUCUGCAGUAUCACCCAGCCACAACACAUCUUGAAUCAAACCAUUUGAACAAACAGACAAACAAAGAAGACUCGCAUUUAUCUCUUCCUGCUUUUCUUGGUGAUGGGGAAAAUAUGAAAUGUGGUGUUAAACAAUUAAAUGCAAUCAGAAACUUUGUUGCUCAAGGGCAAUACGAGCUAACAGUACAUGAAGGAGAACAACUAUUCACUGAUGAUAAAAAUCUUGAUAGAUUGACAUGGAUUUGGGUUUAUUCAGCCAGAACCAGACAGCGAGGUUUUGUUCCUAGAACACAUGUACGCUGGGCCCAAAAUACAACAUUUUUGUAGUGUAAUGUUAACCAUCAACCACUUUCUGGGGUUUGGU